AUGAGUUCAACUUUUCGACUUAUUGAAGGUAUGAUAACAGGUAAAUUUUUUGCUGAAGGAACAAUUCUUUCAAAUCCUAUUGCUGAAUUAAUGAUUGAUUUAUUAAUAACAGUUCUUGUUCAAAGUUCAUCAACAUCAACAUCAAUUGUUAUAUCAAUGGUUUCAUCUUCCAGAAAAUGUGAAGAAUUUUGUCUUGCAUUUGGUGGUGCAACUGUUCAUGAUAUGUUUAAUUGGUUAACACUACUUAUUUUUAUUAUCAAUUUAAAUAAUAUGUUAUACCAUUUAACUAACUCAAUAAUAAAAUUAAUAAACUUAAAACGAAAUCCCAAUUCUAAUCCCCAGUUUCAUACUGUUAUAACAAAAUCAUUAACAGAACGAAUUCUUGAUAAAAAAAAAGCAAUUCAAAGUAUAGCACUGAGUAAUGCUAGUUCAAAUAUAUCUUUAUUAAAACGAUAUUGUUCAUUUAAAAAUGUAACUUAUAAUGAUAUAUUUAUUCAAGUUUCAGAUACAUAUUGUUCAUUCUUAUUUGCUAAAGUUCAAUGGGCUGAUUGGCUUAGUGGACUUGUUUUAUUGAUUAUUCAAAGUAGUUCAAUAUUUACAUCAACAUUAACACCAUUAGUUGGUCUUGAUAUAAUAAUAAUUGAGAGAGUUUAUCCAUUUACAUUAGAUUCAAAUAUAAGUACAACAAUAACUGGUAUUAUGGCUGUAUUAACUGUAACUAGUGAGAAAGAUUUAAGAAAUCCAUUACAAAUAACAUUUUGUCAUAUUUUUUUCAAUAUUAUUGAAAUUUUAAUUUGGUUUCCAAUACCAUUUAUGCGAUUUCCAAUUCCAAUGGCUAAAAAAUUAGGUGAAAUAACAGCUAAAUAUCGAUGGUUUGCUGUUCUUUAUAUAAUCUCUUCAUUCUUUCUUAUCUCUUUGAUUGUUUUUGGUCUUUCUCUUGCUCGAUGGCGUGUUUUUGCUGGUGUUCUUGGUUCAAUAAAAGUUCAUAUUUUAAAUGGAUCUUCUUUGACAAAAAUUUGUUCAUUAAUAAAUAUGAUUAUUAAUUAA